AUGGGGGCUGGGGCAGGCUCCGGGCGGGGGCAGCUCUUCCUCUUCUCCCUCCUCUUCCUCCUGCUGGCUGGGUCCCCGGCCCCGCGCCCGGCGGGCGGGCAGCUGCGCUACGCGGUGCCGGAGGAGCUGGAGCACGGAGCCUUCGUGGCCAACCUGGGCGAGGACCUGGGGCUGGACGUAUCGACCCUGUCGGCUCGACGGUUCCGCAUCGUGUCGCGGGCCGGGGCCAGGCAGCACCUGGAGGUGAACCUGGAGAACGGGAUCCUCUUUGUGAACGAGCGGAUCGACCGGGAGGAGGUGUGCGAGGCCGGGGGGACCUGCCUGCUCCACCUGCAGCUCCUUGUCGAGAGCCCGCUGGAGCUCUACCGUGUGGAGGUGGAGGUGCUGGACAUCAACGACCACGCGCCCACCUUUCCCUGGCAAGAGUACGUGCUGGAGGUGGCCGAGUCCGCGGUGCUGGGUGCCCGCUUCCCUCUGGAGAGCGCUCAGGAUCCCGACGUGGGCACCAACUCGGUGCACACCUACCGGCUCAGCCCCAACAGCUUCUUCUCCCUUGAGGUGCAGACACGCAGUGACUCCAGCAAGUUUGCCGAGCUGGUUCUGGAGCGCGCCCUGGACCGCGAGCAGCAGCGGGCGCACCGGGUGCUGCUCACCGCUCUCGACGGGGGUGUCCCCCCGCGCUCGGGGACAGCUCACAUCCUUGUCACGGUGCUGGACGCCAACGACAACGUGCCGGCCUUCGACCAGCCCUCGUACGGCAUCAGCCUUCCUGAGGAUGCCCCAGCUGGCACCCUGGUCAUCCAGCUGAAUGCCACUGACCUGGAUGAGGGCUCCAACGGGGAGAUCGAGUACUCCUUCAGCGGGCACGCGCCACCGCGUGUCCGGGAGCUCUUCCACAUAGAGCCCCGGAGCGGGCAGGUGCUGCUGAAGGGCUCUCUGGACUAUGAGCGAGCAAGUCUCCAUGAGCUCUACGUGCAAGCCAAGGACCGUGGGCCCUCGGCUGUGGCCGUGCACUGCCGGGUGCUUGUGCAUCUCCUUGAUGUGAAUGACAAUGCGCCGGAGGUGACCCUCACCUCUGUAUCUACUCCUGUGCUGGAGGAUGCCCCACCAGGCACUGUCAUCGCUGUCAUCAGUGUUCUGGAUCGGGACUCUGGGGACAACGGGCGGGUGAGCUGCGAGGUCAGCCCCGAUGUGCCCUUUGAGCUCCGCUCCUCCUUCCGCAACUACUACACCCUGGUGACCACGCAACCACUGGACCGGGAGGUCGUGCCCGAGUACAACGUCAGCAUCACAGCACGGGACAUGGGCUCCCCUGCCCUGCUGACCCACAGCACCCUCACUGUCCCUGUGUCCGAUGUCAAUGACAACGCCCCGCGCUUCCUCCAGCCCUCCUACAGCGUCUACGUGAUGGAGAACAAUGCACCAGGUGCCUCCAUCUGCUCUGUCAGCGCCUCGGACCCCGACUGCCAACAAAACGCCUACCUGUCCUACUCGAUCGCUGACGGGCACAUCCAUGGCAUGCCCGUGGGCACCUACGUGUCUAUCAACUCGGACAGCGGGCACAUGUACGCCCUGCGCUCCCUCGAUUACGAGCAGAUCCGCAGCUUCCAGAUCCAGGUGCAAGCACAGGACGCUGGUUUCCCCCCCCUCAGUGCCAAUGUCACCGUCCACAUCUUCGUGCUGGACCAGAAUGACAACGCUCCGGUCAUCGUUUCCCCCACGCCUCGCAACGGCUCCGUGGCCACCGAGCUGGUGCCGCGAUCAGCCAGGCCUGGCUACCUCGUGGGCACGGUGUCUGCGGUGGAUGCAGACGCAGGGCUGAACUCCCGCCUCUCCUACCAGCUCCUCCAGGCCACUGACUUCACCCUCUUCAGCGUGGGACCAGACACGGGGGAGCUGCGCACCCUGCGCUCCUUCCUGGAGCAGGAUGCGACCCGGCAGCAGCUGGUGGUGCUGGUGCGGGAUGGAGGGCAACCAGCCCUCUCUGCCUCUGUCUCCCUCCUGCUUUCCGUGGUGGAGACCAUGCCUCAGACUCUCUCUGACUUCAGCGAGUUCAGCCUCCCCCCAGAGGCCUCUUCAUCCUCCCCACUCACCCUCUACCUCCUUGUCUCCCUGGGCUCCAUCUCCUUCACCUUCCUCCUCGCCAUCCUCAUCCUCACAGCCAUUCGGUGCCGUGGAGAGCGGCGCUCCCGCCAAGGGGACGGCUGCUCGGCACCCCGCUGCCACUGCUGCCCUGGCUCCAGACCCUCCUCUGAUGGCCUGAAGACGUCCAACCUGACAGUGCAGCCCCCUGCAGGGACCACGGCUGCCACCUGCCUCGACGUGCCAGGGGGCGGCCCCCCGGGCUACUGCUACAAGGUCUGCCUCGGUCCUGAGUCUGCCCAGAGUGACUUUAUGUUCCUCAAACCCUGCAGCCCCCCCCGGAAUAAUGAGAAGGACCCCGGGAAGCGGUCCCAGCCCGGCCAGCAUCUUCAGGUCUCCAAGCAGGUCAAGCAGCCCAACAUGGACUGGCUGCCUCCGAGCACACAGAGACCUGUCCUGAAGAGCUCCCAGAGCCUGGAGGACAUGGGGGAAAUCCGCAGAGCCCUUCAGAAGGAGCACGAGAGGCUGUGCACGCUGGUGACCCCUGUAUCAGAGUUUCAGAAGGCUUCUGCAGGCACCAACAGCAUCUGGACCCCCCAGUACAGCUCCUUGUACCCAGGCCACAUCCCAGCCCUUGAUUAUCAGCACAACGUCUACAUCCCCGGCACCCCCGCUCUGCUUUCGGGCAAGGACGGGCCCCUCUUCCUGGGCCGGGAGAACAAGAACAGCUUCUCCACCUUUGGCAAGAGGAAGAAGAUGACAACUUACUGUGACAUGCAUGACAGUGUGGUUAUCAACAACGAUCUGAAAUAGUGACCAGUACUGGGCCUGGCUGGCUCAUGUUAUUUCAGCUGCUACGUCCCCCCAGCACACAGAUCCAUGUCGGGACCACCCAGGACUCUGUGGGGCUGCUGAGAUCGUGGCUCACCAGGGCAAGCAGGAAGGAUUUCAGGAACAACAGACUGAGUACUGAAAGGGAUGGGCAGAUGGAGUGGGGAGAGCAGGGUGGGAUUCUCCCAUCUCAUCCUGCAGAGCUUUGUUGGCAGCAAGUGCUGUUGGGGGGGUCUGUAUGACUCGAGUUAAGCAAAUCUGCCUGGAGUUUAUCCCUUCCUGUGUCCCCUUAGGGUCCCACCAUCUCUGUAAGCAUUGUCUCCUCUUUGUCUUGUCUGGCUGUGUGAAUGUACCAAGCUGCAUGCCUGUAUUUCUGCCCCAUGGAAAAUGUACCCAGACCAAGUCUGGUUCAGCCAAGCCUGACCCCGUGGACCAGGGCAGAGACCAUUGCUCCAUCCCUGAGAUCCAGUGGGAUGUGCUGCAUGUCCAGAGCAACCUUUGGAAUCUGGCUUCUCCAGGAAGUCAGUGCAAAACCCAGCCACUAUGAGUGCUUCCCUUCAAACCCAGGACUGGAGAACCAAAGUCCAGGGCACAGCCAGGGUCCAGGACACAGUAGUCUUUGUUCAGGAGCAGGAUGGGCUGGAGCACACACAGACUGGAUGGCCAGAAGAGCUGUUAGCUGAAGCAUCUGAGAGAUGCACAAGAUGAGGCCCUGCUGGGAAACUCUCUAGCCCAAGGCAACAUCAUCUGAAAGAAUUUCCAGCCAUCAGAGGGACCACAGUGCAGGUGACAAUCCUCUCCCCUCCUCCUCCUGCCUUCUGGGCCAUGGCUGUGAUUGUCCCACUCCCGAUCUCGGUUUUCCCAAGUCCUGAGCACCUGAGGGAACCCCUGCAGAGGACAGACAUCUCCUGCUGUACCCUGCUUCUCUUUGAGGACUUCCAGCUGGCUCUCAGGAGCCCUCACGGGCAGGACUCCAGCCCCAGAACAGUCUCUCCCCCUGCCCUGCUCACCCUCCACCUGUCCACCCAGUCUGUCUGCUGGUGUUGCCAAUCGCUCCUGUCACGGGACAGUUCAUCUCCAACCCAUCUGUGCAGAAUGCUCUUUAUAAAGUGAGUUUGUUUCACAGUGUCUGAUUUGU